AUGGAAGGAUUUGAUGGCAUGAUGAGAAUUGCAAUACAUAAUAGAUGGAUCAGGGGAUUUCAAAUUGGUGGUCGAGCUGGGGAGGAAAUGGAGAUCUGUCAUUUAUUGUAUGCUGAUGACACUGUUAUUUUUUGUGAACCAAACGCUGAACAGAUCUGCUAUAUCAUAUUGAUGUUGAUAGUUUUUGAAGUUGUAGCAGAUUUGAGGGUCAAUUGGGGGAAAAGCACUCUAUUCCCUGUCAAAGAAGUCCCUCAUAUUCAAAAUCUGGCAAGCAUGUUAAGGUGCAGAGUGGAGAAUCUGCCUACAACUUAUCUAGUUAUGCCACUGGAAACAGCCACUGAACCCUUUGGGGUUGGAGUGUGGAGAACUAUCGGGGCUUUGUGGCCAUCGAUGGAAGAAAAUUUGAAAUUUAAGGAGCCAGAAUUCGUGGAUCUCAAAUUUCAGACACUGUCGUGUUGCUUGAAAGUUGGGCGUGAAGAAUGUAAUUCCAUAAAACCGGAACAUGAUCCUUCUAUCAUUUUUAUGGAUGAAAUAGACAGUAUUGGAUCUGCUAGAAUGGAAUCAGGAAGUGGCAAUGGUGAUAGUGAAGUGCAGAGAACAAUGUUGGAGCUUCUUAACCAACUUGAUGGAUUUGAGGCAUCAAACAUAAUUAAGGCAAGUUUGGCUAUCUGGAUCACUUGA